CCCAUUCAUCUGUGCACUUGGGCGUUGGACCCCGCAUCUUAUUAGCAACCAGGGAGAUUUCUCCAUUUUCCUCUUGUCUACAGUGCGGCUACAAAUCUGGGAUUUUUUUAUUACUUCUUUUUUUAAAAAACUACACUUGGGCUCCUUUUUUUGUGCUCGACUUUUCCACCCUUUUUCCCUCCCUCCUGCGCUGCUGCUUUUUGAUCUCUUCGACUAAAAUUUUUUUAUCCGGAGUGUAUUUAAUCGGUUCUGUUCUGUCCUCUUCACCACCCCCACUCCCCCCUCCCUCCGGUGUGUGUGCCGCUGCUGCUGCCGCCGCUGCUGCUGCCGCCGCUGCUGCUUGCCCCGUCGUUACACCAACCCGAAGCUCUUUGUUCCCCCCUUGGAUCUGUUGAGUUUCUUUGUUGAAGAAGUCAGCAUGGGUGCCCAAUUCUCCAAGACCGCUGCGAAGGGAGAAGCCGCCGCGGAGAGGCCUGGGGAGGCGGCUGUGGCCUCGUCGCCUUCUAAAGCGAAUGGGCAGGAAAAUGGCCACGUGAAGGUAAACGGCGACGCUUCUCCCGCGGCCGCCGAGCCCGGCGCCAAGGAGGAGCUGCAGGCUAACGGCAGCGCCCCGGCCGCCGACAAGGAGGAGCCCGCCGCCGCCGGGAGCGGGGCGGCGUCGCCCGCCGCGGCCGAGAAAGAUGAGCUGGCCGCCGCCGCCCCCGAGGCCGGGGCCAGCCCUGCGGAGAAGGAGGCCCCCGCGGAGGGCGAGGCCGCCGAGCCCGGCUCGCCCACGGCCGCGGAGGGGGAGGCCGCCUCAGCCGCCUCCUCGACGUCUUCGCCCAAGGCCGAGGACGGGGCCACGCCCUCGCCCAGCAACGAGACCCCGAAAAAAAAAAAGAAGCGCUUUUCCUUCAAGAAGUCUUUCAAGCUGAGCGGCUUCUCCUUCAAGAAGAACAAGAAGGAAGCGGGAGAGGGCGGUGAAGCCGAAGGCACCGCCGGCGCCUCCGCCGAAGGCGGCAAGGACGAGGCCGCCGGGGGCGCCGCUGCGGCCGCCGGCGAGGCUGCGGGCGCGGCCUCCGGGGAGCCGGCGGCGGCGCCGAGCGAGGAGGCGGCCGCGGGCGAGCAGGGGGCGGCUGGGGGCGACCCGCAGGAGGCCAAGCCCGAGGAGGCCGCCGUCGCGCCCGAGAAGCCGUCCGCUAGCGAGGAGGCGAAGGCGGCCGAGGAGCCCAGCAAGGCCGAGGAGAAGACCGAGGAGGCCGGGGCCAGCGCGGCCACCUGCGAGGCGCCCUCGGCCGCGGGGCCCGGCGCGCCCCCGGAGCAGGAGGCGGCGCCCGCGGAGGAGGCGGCGGCCGCCGCGGCGUCGUCAGCCUGCGCAGCUCCCACACAGGAGGCCCAGCCCGAGUGCAGUCCAGAAGCCCCCCCAGCGGAGGCGGCAGAGUAAAAGGGCAAGAUUUUUUGAGAUAAUCGAAGAACUUUUCUCCCCCCCGUUUGUUUGUUGGAGUGGUGCCAGGUACUGGUUUUGGAGAACUUGUCUACAACCAGGGAUUGAUUUUAAAGAUGUCUUUUCUUAUUUUACUUUUUUUUAAGCAGCAAAUUUUGUUUUUAACCACCUACCCACAGAUCCCAUCUCAGAUCAUUCUGUUACCACCAUUCCAACAGGUCGAGGAGAGCUUAGUUACCUUCCUCUGCCUUGUUUCUCUUUUAUUUUUAUUUUUUGCAUCAGUAUUAAUGUUUUUUGCAUACUUUGCAUCUUUAUUCAAAAAUGUAAACUUUCUUUGUCAAUCUAUGGACAUGCCCAUAUAUGAAGGAGAUGGGUGGGUCAAAAAGGGAUAUCCGAUGAAGUGAUAGGAGCCACGAUGGAGAAAUUUAGUGGUGCAUAACAUUGCCAAGAUAAUGUACCACUAGAAAGGAUGGUGUAAAGGCUUAGUCUUUUUUUUUUUUUUUUUAAAGAAAAGUUAUUACGAUGUAUUUUGUGAGGCAGGUUUACAACACUACAAGUCUUGAUUAAGAAGGAAAGAGAAAAAAAAAAAAAAAAAACACCAAUACCCAGAUUUUUAAAAAGAUCAUAGUCUUAGGAGUUCAUUUAAACCAUAGGAACUUUUCACUUAUCUCAUGUUAGCUGUACCAGUCAGUGAUUAAGUAGAACUACAAGUUGUAUAGGCUUUAUUGUUUAUUGCUGGUUUAUGACCUUAAUAAAGUGUAAUUAUGUAUUACCAGCAGGGUGUUUUUAACUGUGACUAUUGUAUAAAAACAAAUCUUGAUAUCCAGAAGCACAUGAAGUUUGCAACUUUCCACCCUGCCCAUUUUUGUAAAACUGCAGUCAUCUUGGACCUUUUAAACACAAAUUUUAAACUCAACCAAGCUGUGAUAAGUGGAAUGGUUACUGUUUAUACUGUGGUAUGUUUUUGAUUACAGCAGACAAUGCUUUCUUUUCCAGUCGUCUUUGAGAAUAAGGAAAAAAUCUUCAGAUGCAAUGGUUUUGUGUAGCAUCUUGUCUAUCAUGUUUUGUAAAUACUGGAGAAGCUUUGACCAAUUUGACUUAGAGAUGGAAUGUAACUUUGCUUACAAAAAUUGCUAUUAAACUCCUGCUUAAGGUGUUCUAAUUUUCUGUGAGCACACUAAAAGCGAAAAAUAAAUGUGAAUAAAAUGUACAAA